AUGGGUACUGGUAAGAAGGAGAAACAAAGAAGAGUCCGCCAAAACGAUACCCGCGAUGGAAAUCUGCGGGUCAAAGGUGAAAACUUUUAUCGUGAUGCCAAGAAAGUGCAGUUUCUGAACAUGUACACGGAUGGCAAAUCCAUACGUAACAAGAAGGGCGAUUUGAUUAGGGCGGCACCGUUGCAAGGAGUUGAGGUACCGACGGCCAGAGUUCAGCCUGACCGCCGGUGGUUUGGGAAUACCAGAGUCAUAUCACAGGACGCAUUGACGCAUUUUAGAGAAGCGUUAGGCGACACCGAGAAGAACAAUUAUCAGGUGCUUUUGAGGCGUAACAAGCUUCCACUUUCCCUCCUGGAUGAGAAAGAUGUUCAAGAGUCUCCAACGGCCAAAAUUCUGGAGACUGAGAGUUUUGAACAAACGUUUGGCCCCAAGUCUCAACGGAAAAAACCUCGAGUGGCUGCUUCAAGCUUGGAAGAACUGGCCGAAAACGCAGUGAAGCACAAUGAGCAAUUCGAGGAGAAACGGGAGCUCGACUCUACGCUAGGUUUGAUGGCUCAAAAUGAGCAAAAUGAGGAUGGUUGGACUCAAACCGCAAAGGAGGCCAUUUUUAGCAAAGGGCAAUCCAAGCGUAUUUGGAAUGAGCUUUACAAAGUGAUAGACUCUUCAGACGUUGUUAUCCACGUUCUGGACGCCAGAGAUCCUUUAGGAACAAGGUGCAAAUCCGUCGAGGAAUAUAUGCGCAAGGAAACCCCUCAUAAACAUUUGAUAUUCGUGCUUAAUAAGUGCGAUUUAGUACCCACUUGGGUUGCGGCCGCAUGGGUUAAGCAUCUAUCAAGUGAGCGACCAACGCUAGCUUUUCACGCAUCUAUUACUAACUCCUUUGGAAAAGGUUCCCUGAUUCAGCUUUUGCGUCAAUUCUCGCUACUGCACAAAGACAGAAAGCAAAUUUCGGUAGGUUUCAUUGGUUAUCCAAAUACAGGAAAGUCAUCGAUCAUCAAUACUUUAAGGAAGAAGAAAGUGUGCCAGGUUGCUCCUAUUCCCGGUGAAACAAAGGUAUGGCAAUACAUCACUUUGAUGAAAAAAAUUUUUUUGAUUGACUGUCCCGGAAUUGUACCACCAUCAGCAAAAGACACUGAAGAAGAUGUUUUAUUUAGAGGCGUAGUGAGAGUGGAGCACGUUUCUCAUCCUGAACAAUAUAUUCCUGGUGUACUAAGGAGGUGUCAAAGAAAACACCUUGAAAGGACCUAUGAGAUAUCAGGUUGGAAAGACUCGGUUGAUUUUAUUGAAAUGUUGGCAAGAAAGCAAGGACGCCUUCUGAAGGGCGGUGAGCCUGAUGAGUCCGGCGUUUCCAAGCAAGUCCUGAACGACUUCAACAGAGGAAAAAUACCCUGGUUUAUGCCCCCUCCAGAGAAGGUUGAGCGCUCGGCUGAGCAGGAUUCGUCUCAAAAGAAAAGGAGCGCCCAAGAUCAAUCAAGUUCGGAUCAACACGCUAAGAAGAUAAAAAGUUGA